GAUGAAAAAUCAUGCGUUCGGAACGGCCUUGGUCUCACUUCUGGCAGCUGCGGCAACCAAGGGCGACGUGGCUAGAUGCUCCUCGCGCCUUGCUUUCGCCUUCACGGCACCGGCGCCCACACCGCGUUGCUUGAGCGACAGCAUUAGCAGCAACCACCUCGGGUGCAGACCUUGCUCGCGAUCGCAACCGGCGACGAGGCAUGCGGGAAGGCCCCGUGUGGGUACCCGCAGACGAGUAGCAAAUUUUGCCGUCCUAGGCUUGGCUGAUGGAGCAGCAGGGCAUGGGGUAGGUGAGACUUCGCUACCAGACGGCACAAGCCGGGGGCGGCGGCAGAGGCACAGACCGCGACCGAGCGGAGGCGGGAAGCGAGGAGGUUGGUUCAACAGGGCGACCGGUGUAGGCGAGGCAGGACAAGCGGCUCGAUGUGCAAGGCUUGGUGCCGUUUCGGUACCGUCGGUUUUCAGCGGGACGGAAGAGGCGGAGGAAAGAUGCAUCAGGCGACUCGAUUUGGCCGUGAGGGAAAUCGCGGGAGUCCGAAGAGUUUUUGCCGAUUACUAUUCCUGCACUGACGUGCGGGAGACGACAGAAUCACUGGGCGUGUUUCUGAAGGAGGCUACUGCUGCUCUGGAGCUAGACUGCUCCACCUCCCGCUCCGGAAGCGUAUACCCUGCCCACCUCGCCUCCCGACUGAAGGCCCGGCUGCUGCAGACCGCGGAUCGGCUGCACUACCACCUGGACGGGGACAAGCCGAUGGUCCUCUACCGUCUUUGGAACAGGGGUCGGCCGAUCGACGUGUACGACCGAGAUCUGCUCCACUGCCCUCGCUGGAUAGAGCUUGUGGCUGAGACGAAUAGACAGGUGCGUCCCAAGACAUGGUUUGAUUCGUUUCAUCCUCUUUUCGCACGAGUCUCUUUGCUGGGCUGCAGAUUGCCUCCCUGCAAUUUUCCCAGCUCCUGCUUUGCGCUUCUGCUGUUGAUCGCCCAUGUCGUGCAGAUGGACAAUCCUCCGGUGGUGGUGGAGGGGGGAAUGGGCACCAUCUGCUACCCGAGCGGCGACAUUUUCGAGGGACAUGUCGAUUCUCUUAUCCGAACCGCAAAAGCGGGAGAAGUCCCCGCGGCGGCGGCGUCUUACCCUCCGGAGAACGCGAGAGCCUGCGUAGAUGCCGAGCUGUCUUCUUCCGCCGACGCUGCCGCGUCCUCUCGGGGAUUAGAGGGCAGCAGUAGCGGCGGUGACGGCGGAGGGGCCGUGACCCAAGACGUGCGUACGGUCUCGGGGCUGGUGUCCCUGACGAUAGCCUGCUUGGAGGAAGGGAUGUCCGACGAGGCGACCAUCCUGCAGCGGCACCUCCAAAGCCCUGACUUCGGGCACCCCCUCCUGCGGCUGGCCUCGCCGUCUGCCAACGAACCAGACCAUCCACACCUCCCCGACGAUCCCGAGAUGAACCCGGAGUUGCUUCGAGCAGAAGAAGAGCUGACCGAGGAGCACUUAGCCCUUGGAGAGAGGGGCGCGAAGGAGCUCAUGCACGACAGGCGUCGGGCCCAGCUAGACGUAUACCUCAUUUGCGCCGCUUAUCGACGCAACCUGCCCGAAGUAGAUGACGCUGCCAGCAGAGGCGGAUGGCAUCUCAACGAGGAGGACGGUCGGAUUCUGGACGAGGUGAUCAAAGAGGCGGCGGCGAUGGACUCGCCGUGGUCUUGAUGUCAUGCACCAGUUUGAUGCGGGUUCCUCCCCUUGGUGGAGCUUGAUGAG